UGCUCGGCUGAAUUUUCAGUUUUUUCCUUCCUCCAAAUAAAACCACAUAAUAGCACAUAGAAAAAAAUCGCCAACCAAAAUAAUACAAGAUUUGCAGAAACUGAAACAAGUCGCUCAAACCAAUCAUUGUAGUGUUGUAGUGCAGGUAGUGAGGAGCCUAGUUUUCCACGGCUUUUGUUCGGUAUGAUUUCGCCCUAGUUUUCCGCCGGAGCUGUGUGCGUGUGUGUGGUGUUUGUCAAUUUGGAUUAUGGGAAAGAAGACCUUGCGUGUGCAGCAGGUGGGACAGCGGUUCAAUCAAUGUAGGUGAAAAGCAACAGGAACCCCAGAGGGACUGAUUUGGAAAAAAAGCAUCCCGAAAUGCACUGAACUGGAACCUAAGAUCAGGGCUUUUGUUAAAAAUGUAGUGCUUUGGAGGCAAGCCAAUCGCCAGCUUUGUGCCGGAUAGUGCUCCCAUCGUGAAGUCCGAGCUGGGAGAGGAGCAAAUUCAUCACGCCGACAUGUAUGCUAGUGAUUACGAUAAGCUUAACAAUUUACAACAAACAUUAGCUAGUCUUCUUCUUGCUUGGAAAUAUUCAAUAUUUAGCUAUGUCUAAAGAAAAUUUACGAAAAUUCGUGUUCAGAAAUCAUCUAGUGUAUAAAAAGGAAAAAAAUAAAAAGUUCUAUGAAUGCAAACUGAAGCUGCCCGAAGAAGAGAGUGAAGAGGAAAUCAGCUCGCUCCAGUAAACGUCUACAAAUAGGGGAACGUAAAGGUAUGGCAACUAAUGGACCACUUGGUAGGGACAAAAGAAGUGAUUAUAAUUGCGAUGAUAAUGGCCUAAAAUGCAGAAAGCUUCAGAACGGAUGCAGUGAAACAAGUAGAACAAAAGUGGUACCAAAAUGACACAACCACAACAUUGUGUUCUUUUAACGGGGUAGGGAAAGAGUGGUCCUUACUGUGAAAUAAGAGCGAGAGAAGCAUUUCAAACACCGUGAAAGUACAAUAGCAAGAGAGCGUUGUUCAACAAUUUGAGCACCCUGGAACGGGGUCGAAAGAGAUCGCUUGCGGGAGCGAGAGUGCAAGUACCAAGAGGGCUCGGUUUCCCUCCUAGGAGUGGGUAGCAAAAAAGUAAACAUAAUUAAGACGACGUACCUACACCUUCAGCAGCCCGCCAAAAUCCACCUGGACCUGACGCCGUCGGCGUCGUUGUUAAAUUCGACGCUGUUAGUACUGGUCUGCCUGGUCAAAUUGUCGCCGGCACCGGUGGCGGAGCAGUGGAAUGGCUGAAGCACCGGGCAGUCCACGGACCGGGGAUGAAUCGUCCGAAAGUGAAAAUGAAACAGAGCCGGCCAAAAUUUUCCACCGGAAGCUGUCAACGAAGAAGGAUGUCAAAUCAGCGGCCGCCACCAAGGAAGGAUACCUGAUGAAGCAAACAUGGUCGUUCCAGAGAUGGCGCAGGAGAUACUUUCGGCUUAAGGGGCACAAGCUGUACUACGCGAAGGAUAGCAAGAGUGAACUCUUCGAUGAAAUCGAUCUCUCCGAUCUGUGUUUCGCCGAGUGCAGUACGAAAAAUGCCAACCAUAGCUUUCAGUUAAUCACUCCAACUCGCUCUCUGGUGCUGUGUGCCGAAAAUCGUCGUGAAAUGGAAGACUGGCUGCAUGCGCUGAAGGCCGCCUCGUCGCGGGAGUUUUUCGAACCGGGACCACCCGAUCAGCAUGACUUCCUCUCGGGACAUCACAAUUGGUAUGCAACGUCGCACGCUCGACCAACGUACUGCAAUGUUUGCCGGGAGGCUUUGUCUGGAGUCACCUCGCAUGGGCUGUCGUGCGAGGUGUGCAAGUGCAAGGUGCACAAGCGAUGCGCCGCCAAGGCAAUAUCCAACUGCAAGUGGACCACCCUGGCUUCGGUUGGGAAGGAUAUCAUCGAGGAUAUAGACGGGAACAUAGUGAUGCCACAUCAAUGGAUGGAAGGUAACCUACCGGUGUCGGCCAAAUGCAUCGUGUGUGACAAAACGUGCGGCUCGGUGAUGCGUCUUCAGGACUGGCGCUGCCUCUGGUGUCGCUCCACGGUACACACUGCCUGCCGACCUCAGGCACAGGUGGCCUGUCCGUUGGGGCCGGCCCGGGUAUCGGUCGUACCGCCAAUUUCGCUGCACUCAAUCGGAAUCGACGACGCAUGGGACGUGUGCAAACCGCACGGUAGCUUCUCACCGCUGUUGGUGUUUGUAAAUUCCAAAUCCGGAGACAAUCAAGGCGUCAAGUUUCUUCGACGUUUCAAACAGCUGCUGAACCCGGCACAGGUGUUCGAUCUCAUAUCAACCGGCCCGGGCCUUGGCCUGCGGUUGUUCCGCCAUUUUGACCCCUUUCGGAUACUGAUCUGCUCCGGCGAUGGAUCCGUCGGUUGGGUUCUCAGCGAAAUCGAUCAAUUAAACAUGACGAAACAAUGCCAAAUAGCAGUGCUUCCACUGGGCACCGGAAACGAUCUGGCGCGGGUGCUGGGCUGGGGCAGCUCCUGCGAUGACGACGCACACUUGCCGCAACUGCUCGAGCGCUACGAGAAGUCAAGCACCAAGAUGCUGGAUAGAUGGAGCGUGAUGGUGUUCGAGCGGGACAUUGGCAUUGCCCCGCCGGUUUCGACGCGUACGCCCAAGAUGUCCAUCUCGCACCACCCCGACCAGGUGCUGUUCCAGUACGAGGACGAAGCCCUCGGUCACCUUCAGUCAAUUGUAACCAACGAGGACACGCAAACCAUGCUCCAGGCGACGCGGGAUCUGGUCAAAACGGUCAACGACUUUAUCACUAGAGUAAUAGAAAACAGCUCCGACGAAGAGCAAUUAAGCAUCAAAUGUGAUAUUUUAAGACAAAAAUUAGGUAUGUUAUUAGAUACUCUGAAGGAAGAAGAAGCUGGUCUUCACGGUGACGACGAAUUAAUCCGAACACUGAAAGAAAUUGCUCAAAAAAGUGCCUCUCAAAGACCAAUAGAAACCGAUUUUCUUUCUCAUAGAACGAUAGAAAAACAGGAAAAAGACAAACUGAAUUCCAGAGAACGCACAAGUAGACUAGACUGCCAUGUGGAAAAGGAAGCAGUCUUGUGCAGGGCCAACAGCCUUAAACGAGCCAUACACGACGUGCUCAAGUACAGCGAGACGAGCCUGCUGUACGUACCCCCGAAGCGACUCUCGAUUCCCAUGAUCACAAAGGAGACAUCUCCCGGCGGUUCACCCAUUCCGGUCUCGGCCCCUCUGUCAUCAAUCUCACCGUCGGUGUCCACCUCGCGACUCACAUGCAUAUCACCACUGCCGGACCUGCGGCGGGACUCCAUGGACGAGCAGUUCCUGAGCAAUGUAAACCUGCCGGUGCCAAAGCAAUUUGCCGACGGUGGUAGCCGGCGUGGCUCCGGCAUACCUGAGAACAAAAAAAUCUCCAGUAUCGAAGAGCUAGAGGAAACCCAGAGCACCCACACUGAGAGGAACGGCGAUUACAACGUGGCAAUAGCGCGCCUCGCCAACAUCGAAGAAAACGUAGACAAUCAUUGUAGGGACGACAAGGACGAUACGUUGAAUCAGAAAUCAAUCACAACGACAACUUCGGAUUCGCAAUCAACGACGGCACCGUACGACUUUUCGUUCGAAUCCGACACGAAGACUGUAAAGUUCGAGGUAGAUGCGAAUAGCGCGUUCGAACGCUUAGGAUUUAAACCAUUCAAGAAAACCAUCGAACAUCACCACCACCAGCUCCAGCAACAGAACAGCGAUCCUUCCGAGUACGUACACUUUCAACCGAUUGAAGUAUACGAGCGAAAUUUGUAUCGCAAUCAACAGCAACAACUACAGCAGCAACAGCAGCAGCAAAAACAGCAGCUACAAACUGGUAAUGGCAGGUUGACACCAGCUGGCACCGAUCAAAAAGGCUCCAACAUGCUACAGGUGCCGAGUAUCUGUCUACCCACUCUGGAGAAACCUCCGGAGAACAUGUACUUCGGCGACAAUAUUACAAUCAUCGACACGGAUAUGCCGGAACGAUCAUCAUCGGAUGAGGCUCCCGAAGAGGCCAGCGAUAUCAUCUCGGCAAUCAGCAACGAAGAAUAUAGCCUGACAUCGGAUAUCCUGGACCGACCAUCGGAGAGCAACUCCCACUUGCCGAUUGGCGAGUCUAUUCAGGACACGGACCAUUUCAGCCACAUCGAUUCACCAGAAACGAGCGACACCACCGAAGCGCUACACGGUGAAAGCCUCAUGGACGACAUCAGUUCCGUUCUGGGAAUCGAAUUGUUGGGUGCCUUACAGGACAACACAAUCACCGAAGACACAACGACACUUUGCACUCUGGAUCACACGAAGAGACGCAGCUUCAAAAUCAAACAUCAACAACAACAACAACAACUACAACAACAGCAGCAGCAACAACGAAAAGGGAGCAUGGAACCGGAACAGUGCGGGUUCGAGAACCGAGCGUUCAACAUCGAUAACCGGUGCGAUGAUCAGAAAGUUCGAGAGCCUCGCUACUGUAGCCUGGCCAAGUUUGUUGAGGGCAAUGACAUCGCUAGGAAGAGCUUCAAGCGACCGGCCGGUCGCGAAAUGCCAUCCAGAAGUCUAGCGAGUCGAGCGUACAAGGUGCAGGAAAAUGAAUAUGAGAAUACGAAGAAUCUGGCCGCAUGUUUACUGCAACCGCAUGGAUCCCCAUCGGAUAUGUCCGGUUCCGAUACGGAUACGGUGCGAACGUAUGGGAUCGAAUACCGGAAACUAAGUUCGGCAUGUACCAACCCGGACGAGGAUAGCAUAACGGAAUACGAUGACAAAGACGACGGAUCAGAUGAAGAUCAGGACUCCGAAGGUGCAGCUGGGGGGCAGUUGGAUGACGAUGAUGAUGAUGAGAUGGAGGAUGAGCCCGACAACGAUGAGCAAUCACAUGAGAUGACAGGCAUUCCGACAAUCAACGUGGUCGUCGAACCACCAUCGCCGGCAAUGAGUGACGAGCUGCGAUCGCUUCGGGUGCCGGAAAUACGACGACACUCCAGCCAUACACCAAACAUGCUGGCACCGCGAGAGAUGGAUGUCAACCGACGGCACUCGGGCAACAAUCCGAAUUUACUAGGUCUAGACUCGGAACAUAUACGCUUUCUCAAUUGCUCGCCAGCUGCUACGCGACGAAUCAGCAGUGGAAGUCUACUGUUCAAACCGGAAGCGCUGGGUAGUUCCAAAAGCAAUAUUUUUAGUUCUAACCUUCGUUUGUUCAACUUUGAUGGAGAUGCUGAGAGCAAAGAAGACGAGAAGAAGAAAAAAGAAGAGAAAGAAGAAAGGGUGAAGAAGCUGCCCAUAAUCAAUCCUUUGGUAAGGUUGCCUUCUUGGCCCAAUGUCACCAGUGGAACUGGGUUUAUUUCCAAGUGUUUAUUGGCUAAUGCCGAUACCUUGUGUGCGGCAGUCAGUCCUUUGAUGGAUCCGGAUGAAACACUCAUGGAAGGCUACAUGGAGAAAGCCGUUAUGAACAAUUAUUUUGGAAUCGGCAUCGAUGCGAAAAUAUCCUUGGACUUCCACAACAAACGGGAAGAACAUCCGGAAAAGUGUAGAUCCCGAGCGAAGAAUUACAUGUGGUAUGGAGUACUUGGCUCAAAGCAGUGGCUUCAGAAGACGUAUAAAAACUUGGAACAGAAAGUGCAACUCGAGUGCGACGGGCAACGUAUUCCGCUACCAUCGCUGCAGGGAAUCGUCAUACUCAACAUUCCGAGCUUCAUGGGAGGUACCAACUUUUGGGGCAACAAAAAGGAGGAUGAUUGCUUUCUGGCGCAAAGUUUCGACGAUCGCAUCCUGGAGGUGGUGGCCGUUUUCGGUUCAGUCCAGAUGGCAGCGUCCCGUUUGAUCAAUCUGCAGCACCACCGAAUCGCUCAGUGCCAGAGUAUUCAGAUCAAUAUCUUAGGCGAAGAAUGUGUUCCCAUUCAGGUGGACGGGGAAGCGUGGCUGCAGCCACCAGGAAUGAUCCGCAUCAUUCACAAGAAUCGUGUCCAAAUGUUGUGCCGCAAUCGUAGCCUGGAGAUGUCGUUGAAGAGUUGGCAGGAAAAGCAGCGCCAGCAUAGCAUAUCGAUUGCUCGCGAACAGCCGUCUACGGCAUCGUCGGAGAAUAUGAUUUCCAUGUCAGAUGACAUAUUCUCCGAUCGGGAGUCGUACCUAUUGUUGAACUUCAUCGAAUGCGUUAGCACCCUGGUCAAGUGGGUCAAGUUCUUGAUUAUUUCGCACCCAUCUCUGCAGCCGGAUCUGUACAUGGUGGCAUCCAAGACGGCUGAAGCACUGGAAUCGAUCCAUCCGGGAGGUAAGAUCAUUGAAGGACCGGACCUGCGGAGGCAGCUGACGGAACUGGUUCGGGCGGCACGGCAGCUGUAUGAAGAUACCUGUGAUCUGUUGCGAGAACGCAGCCACAGUCUGAUCCUUCGUGAAGAUCUGGAAACCAAGCUGAGCGUGUCGUUGGCCAACAUGGAAAUGGAACUGGGCAAGUGUAGCCUGCAGCAAACGAGUGACGGUGAUACCAAGGUGUACCUUAACGUGCUGGCUCCAAACGAGGAUGUCGAUCAUCGCAAGAAGCAGAAGCCGUUUUGGUUGCGCUUCCGGGGUCACCAUGGACACCACGGUCACCAUCAUCAUCAUCACCAUCAUCAUCCGGGGGCAGCGGGUGGAGCUGGAGGAGGCGGCAUGACCAAUGCCGAUUUGGUCAGCAGCUGGGGAGUGGGCGAAGUGGUCACCUGGUUGGAGGCCAUGCAACUGUCGGAGUACGUGGAUAGCUUCAUCAAGAAUGACAUACGGGGCAAGGAGUUGCUCACGUUGGCUCGACGGGAUCUGAAGGAUCUGGGAGUUACCAAGGUGGGUCACGUGAAGCGUAUUCUGCAAGCUAUCAAAGAUCUGGGCAGUGCUGCCAUCGGGUGAGAUUAGUUCAGUGAGGACAGGUAGAUGUAGAAUACAGUCAUAAUCCGGUAGGGUGGCUCCUGACAGGGUCACCGAUAAUCUUUAACAAAGCUAACCGUAAAGAAUCAUUUGAAAACUUUUGCGAAGCAGUUGUCAGCAAACACAAAAUGAAGAAGCAAGGAAGUAAAUUCGUUUAAUAAUCAAGAAACCAAAAGACUUCGUUUACUCUUGUAUAAGCAUAUAUUUCCAAGUCUUUUUAAGUAUUUAUUUCUCUCGAAAAGUGAAGAAACGAAUCUCUAGCUAAAGAAGCAACAAGCAGAUCGCAAUGAUUGUUGGGCGACGUAGUAUCAUCAUUCCAGUACCGAACAAGUAGAACUAUUGAAACAACACGGAAACAAAGGCGGAAGUGAAUAUCAUGAAAUAUAAAUUUUACUUUAGUGGCUCUGAAAACUGAAAAAAAAAUUACUGAAACAAAAUCGUUGAGAAGCCUAAAUCUCAAGCCUAAUGUUGAUUGUGUGUUUAAGUUGAAAGUUUUCCAACGUUAAAUUGCCAAUUGCCGUGUGAGUGUGUACGAGUGUUAUGAAACAUUUUCCUUUCCGAACAUAAUCCGGUUUGUUGGCGUCACGUGUGAACUGUAACCAAUACAAAUGUUUCAAAUUCUAAAUCCAGUUUGAGAAACAGGAAGCACCGAUGAAAACUUUACCACUUGUGUUCCUCUGAAUACUUUUAGUGCUGUUGAGUGUCUAUUUAGUGUGCGGAGAUCUAGAAUAUAUCGGGAUGAGUGUUUGCAUGGAAGAGAACUGUUGGGUUUGGAAGUGAGCCCUGGUAUCGACCGUAGUUAAGACAUAAGCAUUCAUUUAUGAAACGUGUGCAUUUAUCAUCUUCCUUUACAUUGAAUUAUACGAUGGUGGUUAAACAUAUAUAUAUAGGU